AUGGGCCCGCGACGAAGCCAUCGCAAAUCUCGCCUAGGAUGCCUACAGUGCAAAAGAAGGAAAAUCAAGUGCGACGAAACCCCUCCACCAUGCGGAAACUGUAGAAAACACAACAUCGAAUGCCAGUUCGCUGCAGUUCCAGCGAAGCCAACGAGUGCUGGGAGACCGUCGCCGCUUCCUCGGACGGGCCUUGCUCCUCCUCCUCCUCUCCCAUCCAUCGUCGCAACCGCAAAUCGCGUCAAUCCCGUGAACAAUCUGCUGACCGGAGCGACGCCGGCAUAUCUUCCACCCACUCCCCCAAAUGUGUUUGCGCCCUCGCCCUCAAACGCGGAUCAACUGGACAUCCUUAGCUCUUUUGUCAGUCCCUCUACGGAGCUUAUCUCCGAUUUGCAUAUCCACGAUCUAGAACUACUGCAUCACUACACCACAGAAACUUAUCGCACUCUCUCCUACAACAAUGAGCACAAGGAAAUUUGGAAAAACUAUAUUCCGAAGGAGGCGAUGUCACACCCAUUUCUCAUGCACGGACUCCUGGCCAUUGCAGCUCUGCAUCUAAUCGAUAUUUGCGGAGAUGAGGGCGAUAAUCGCAGGAAAUACAUAGAACUUGCCACCCGGCAUCAGAACCUAGCUCUGGCCUCCUUUCGACCACAACUCAGUAACAUCACCCCGUCAAAUUGCCAUGCAGUUUUUGCCUUCUCCAGUCUAAUUGCCGCCUUGGCCUUCGCAUUCUCCAAAACCGCGGGAAACGUCCGUUCCGGCGAACCUGUAGAGCAGGUUUUACAGGAUUUCUUCCUUUUCCGAGGUGUAGAAGGCGUUUUGAACACAUUUUGGGAAAUCAUUCGCAAGGGCAAAUUAGGCCCACUAGUCCGUCGACCCUCAGAUCUAACAUGCUCCCAGCCAAUAUCGAGGGACGUGAUCAAUGCUCUUGAUUAUUUGCACGACUGCAACGGCGAAACUGUUACACACAUCAGUGCCGAGGAAAAGGCCGCAUACAACCACGCGAUCCGUGAACUCCGAAUCUCAUUUGAAAGGUGCCCGUCCAGUUGGGAAACUGUAUUUCGAUGGCCGAUUGUUUUACCAGAGGCCUACCUAAUGCACUUAAAAAAGCGGCAGCCGAUGGCGUUGGUGAUUCUUGCUCAUUAUUGUGUUAUACUGGGCCGGCUAGAUGACUGCUGGUGGUCACAAGGUCAUUGA